UAUCCUAUCUAGAAUCAAUUAUAUAUAACGACCUACCUACCUACCUCCCUCCGAGCUACAGUCUCUCGACAACAUCACCAACUCAACCCCCUUAAAUCAGUCACAAUGGUAUUGCUCUCUCGUCACAUCCGUUCCGCUGCCCCUCUGGCCUCUCGGGGACUUUCCACGUCCUCAAAGGCAUCUUUCCUCGCUCGACCCGCAUUCAACCGGGCCUCCCCAGCAUACUCGACUCUCCCUCGCAAAUUGCCUGGUCAACUCCAUUCGAUCCGCACACUAACAACUACUCGCCAAAACCAGGUCAAGGUCCUUGCAGUCCUCUACGACGGCGGUCAGCACGCCAAAGACGUCCCCGGCCUUUUGGGAACCACCGAGAACGAGCUCGGCAUCCGCAAGUGGCUCGAGGAUCAAGGCCACACUCUGGUCACCACCUCUGACAAGGAGGGCGAGAACUCAAAGUUUGACCAGGAGCUCGUCGACGCCGAGAUCAUCAUCACCACUCCCUUCCACCCCGGCUACCUCACCGCCGAACGCCUCGCCAAGGCCAAGAACCUGAAGCUCGCCGUCACGGCCGGCAUCGGCUCCGACCAUGUCGACCUCAACGCCGCCAACAAGACCAACGGCGGCGUCACCGUCGCCGAGGUCACCGGCUCCAACGUCGUCUCCGUCGCCGAGCACGUCGUCAUGACCAUCCUCGUCCUCAUCCGCAACUUCGUCCCCGCCCACGAGCAGAUCGAGCGCGGCGACUGGAACGUCGCCGCCGUCGCCAAGCAGGAGUACGACCUCGAGGGCAAGACCGUCGGCACCGUCGCCAUCGGCCGCAUCGGCGAGCGCGUCCUCCGCCGCCUCAAGGCCUUCGACUGCAAGGAGCUCCUCUACUACGACUACCAGCCCCUGUCCGCCGAAAAGGAGGCCGAGAUCGGCUGCCGCCGCGUCGAGGACCUCGACGAGAUGCUCGCCCAGUGCGACGUCGUCACCAUCAACGCGCCCCUGCACGAGAAGACCCGUGGCCUCUUCAACAAGGACCUCAUUGCCAAGAUGAAGAAGGGCUCCUACCUCAUCAACACGGCCCGCGGCGCCAUCGUCGUCAAGGAGGACGUCGCCGACGCCCUCAAGAGCGGUCACCUCGCAGGCUACGGCGGCGACGUCUGGUUCCCCCAGCCCGCGCCCGCCGACCACCCGCUCCGCACGGCCAAGAACCCGUUCGGCGGCGGCAACGCCAUGGUGCCCCACAUGUCGGGUACUUCCCUCGACGCCCAGAAGCGGUACGCCGACGGCACAAAGGCUAUUAUUGACAGCUACCUCAGCGGUCGCGAGGACUACAAGCCCGAGGAUCUUAUUGUGCACAAGGGCGACUACGCUACCAAGGCGUACGGCCAGCGCGAGAAGAAGUGAGCAAAAAAGUCUUGCUUGCUUGGAGAGAAAGAGGAUAACCAUACCCCCCAUGAAGGUUGUGUGAAGAAAUCUAGCGUUGUUUUUUAGUGGUUCUUUCUUGGCAUCAGCAUUUUGCAUAUAUGCUUCAUGUAGUUUUGAAGUCUAGGUUACCGUAUAU